AUUGUCAAUUUGUCAUCAUCAUCAAUAAAUUAAUUUGUGAUAAAUAUUAAUUAAAUGAUACUUUUUCUUUCUUAAUCUUGUCGAUUGAUUUUCUCCUUUUCCAUAAAAUCAUAGAAAAGUCCACUCCAUUGUGUUUUUAAUUAAUAAUUCUUACUUUUUUUCUAAGUUAAAUAUAAAAUUACAAAUCCUUUAAAAUAUUAUCUAUGUGAUUACUGAUUUUUAAUUGUGCGAAGUGAGUGGUGGUGAGUGGUGGUGUACAAAUUGUUGAUAAUGGUGUAAUGAGGUAUUGCUAAGAGUUAUAACUUGUUUCUGGUGUUUUCCAACUAAAAACUGUUAAAAUGGCACCAAGUUUUAGUAAAUUUACCUCAAGGACAGAUGUAAAAAUCGGCCUAGCUGCUUCUGCGGCUCUAAGUGCCUGGAUAAUUCGUAAUGCUUUAAAGUCAAGGAAACCAAAACAUGGCAGGCCAGUCCAGUUGUCACCAGAAGAAAGAGUACAAUAUAUGAUCAAAGACAAAAAUAGAAAGGGACCAAAAGCGCAAGUCGAUGCUCGAUUUUUUGCAGAACUUAAAGCACUAUGGCACAUAAUGGUACCAGGGUUGUGGACGAAAGAAAGCGCCUUUAUGGUACUCAUUGCCUUGUCGCUGAUUUCAAGGACCUUAUGCGACCUUUGGCUGAUUCAACAUACUACUUUAGUUGAAGGGUCUAUAAUCACAAUGAACCUCGGCGAUUUCAAAAUGCUACUAGGGAAACUUUUUAUGGCCAUGCCAUUGAUAUCACUAGUGAAUAACGUUUUGAAGUGGAGCAUCGGAGAGGUGAAGCUGCGACUGCGCACCAAUCUCUCUCUGUAUCUCUAUCAACAGUAUUUAAAAGGUUUCACAUAUUACCAAAUAACAAAUUUGGACAACCGGAUAUCGAACGCCGACCAGCUGCUGACGACCGACAUCGACAAGUUCUGCGACACGGUCAUCGACCUCUACAGCAACAUCAGCAAGCCGAUGCUCGACAUCUCCAUCUAUCUGUACAGGCUCACGGUGAACCUGGGACCCUCGACUCCCGGCAUCAUGAUGGCGUAUUUAUUUUUCUCGGGUAUAUUCCUCACAUACCUCAGGAAACCGACAGCUCGUAUGACCGUACAAGAACAGAAGCUAGAAGGCGAGUUCCGGUACGUCAAUUCGCGUCUCAUUACGAACUCUGAAGAAAUUGCCUUCUACCAAGGCAACCACCGCGAGCAGCUGACGCUGCUGGCCAGCUUCUACAAGCUGACGCGCCACCUGCGCAACUUCCUCAACUUCCGCGUCGGCAUGGGCUUCGUCGACAACAUCGUGGCCAAAUAUAUUGCAAUCACAGUCGGUUUCUACGCGGUGUCGCGACCGUUCUUCGUCAAAGACCACAACUUGCUGACUACGGGCACUGAACAAGAUCGAUUUAGGCACUACUACACGUACGGGCGCAUGCUGGUGAAGAUGGCGGAGGGCAUCGGGCGGCUGGUGCUCUCCGGGCGGGAGCUCAGCAAGCUGGCCGGCCUCACCGCGCGCGUCACGCAGCUCAAGGACGUACUGGAGGACGUCAACCGCGGCAACUACAGCCGCACCAUGGUCGACCGCCACAGCAACGGCGGCGUCCCGCCGCUGGCGCUGACGCCGGGCGCGGGCCGCAUCAUCUACCAGGACAAGAUCAUCCGCUUCGAGCGCGUGCCGCUCGUCACGCCCAACGGGGACGUGCUCAUCAAGGAGCUCACCUUCGAAGUCAAGUCCGGCAUCAACGUGCUGGUGUGCGGGCCCAACGGCUGCGGCAAGUCGUCCAUGUUCCGCAUGCUGGGCGAGCUGUGGCCGCUGUUCGGCGGCACGCUCACCAAGCCGCCCAAGGGCAAGCUGUUCUACGUGCCGCAGCGCCCCUACAUGACGCUCGGCACAUUCAGAGAUCAGGUGAUCUACCCUCAAACGCGCGAGGAGAUGCUCCGGCGCGGCCGCACGGACGAGGAGCUGAACCGCUUCCUGGAGAUCGUGCAGCUGUCGUACCUGACCAACCGGGAGGGGGGCUGGGACGCCGUCGAGGACUGGAUGGACGUACUCUCCGGGGGGGAGAAGCAGAGGAUAGCGAUGGCGCGCCUGUUCUACCACGCGCCGCAGUUCGCUAUCCUGGACGAGUGCACGAGUGCUGUCUCCGUGGACGUGGAGGGGCAGAUGUACCAGUACUGUCGCGAGAUGGGCAUCUCCCUGUUCACGGUGUCGCACCGCAAGUCGCUGUGGCAGCACCACGACCACUACCUGCAGAUGGACGGCCGCGGCGGCUACGUGUUCGAGGAGAUCGACACCGACACGCAGGAGUUCGGCUCCUGAUGACCUGGACCAGACCCUCGGCAUCAGCAGCCUGACUGGGAGAUGGAGUUACCUGAACCUAGAAGUCAUAUGCUAGGUUCUGAAUAACUUUCCGCUAAAAAAGAUCAUCUUGUUCUACUGCCUUAAGCGUGACUAUGCUACAUCCUUUCUUGAUGAGUACUGUUUACCAACAAAGAAGUUAGAAAGAAAGGUUGAAAACGCAUGUCAUUUCAUAACUUAUUUAAUUUAAAUUAUGGAUGGUUUGUUUAUAAAAUGUUAAAUAUUAUAUAUUAACCAUAUCUAAUUGUUCUAAGCUUAUUAAUCAAAUUUUAUUUUCAUUAAUUUAUGAAUAAGUUAAUUAUAAUUAGGUAUGAAAUGACUAGUGAUUUAUACCCUCAUUUUUAAUUUGUUUGUUGGUAAACAGCAUUCACCAAGAAAGGAUGUAGUAUAGGUGAUAAUGUUCCCUGUUUUUCCUGAUUCUUACAAAUUACACAUAAUUUAAACAUGAUGACAUAUUUUAAACAAAAAUGAACCUAUGAAGGAAGAUCUUACUCAUACUUCAUAAGAUCAUUGUCCCGGCUUGGGCUAUAUGACAUACUUAGCUUUCCUUUCUUGAAAUACUUAGCGAUAUUUAAUUAGAUAUUUGAUUUAAUAAUCAGUUGUGCAAUUCUUUGCAAUAUUCAAUUGUGAAAUUCUUUGCAAUAUUCUGUUGUGAAGUUCUUUGCAAUAUUCAGUUGUGAAAUUCUUUGCAACAUUGACAAUUGCAUUGUAAUUUAUUGUACUUCAUUCUUAUAGCUCAGUUGUGAUAUUUCCUAACGAUAAAGUAUUUAUGUAAUUAUAUAGUUCACUUUAUCCUAACGAUACAAUAUUUAUGUAAUCGUAUUGACCCAAGCGAAGUCAAAGAGAGCCGCUAGUUAGUCUCACCUAUUAAAAUAAAAUUGGUCACAAUUUAUUCAUGUCUCAAAUUAUUAUUGAUGUAGCUAGUGGAUAUGAAGCAUCACUUGUUCCACGAUUCGAACGCGGACUCAAACGUGAGAGGUCCAGGGUUCGAUCCCACCCGAUGGACUGACUACACAUAUUGUCACUUAGUAGAAAAUGAGAAUAUUAUUCAUGACAUGGAAAUAUUCUUUUAUGUAUAUAAUUAUAUGUAUAACUGAAUUUGCCAUUAAUUGUUAUAUGAAUUAUGUACAAAUUAUGUACCUAUACAUUUUUCUACAAAAUUAAAAAAUCAAAUAUUUAUUAUACUAACAAGUGCCUCGCACGCUAGUUUUAUUAUUCCAGGUAUAUAUAUAUAAUUGAAUAUAUCUAUAUAGCAGAAUUUUUAAAAUCUAUAGAGGACCACAUAUAAUAAUAAUUGUCAAUAAAGUGUAAGGCUGUAUGAAGUCAUAAUUACCUAAGAUAAUAAAACAGUAAUAUUUAUUUAUUUAUUGGAAAUGCCAAUAAUGAUAGCAGAAAAACGUUAAACAUAAAUCAGUUACUAAAGUCCUAUUCUACUGCGGCCAUCUUUUACAGGCAUUCACAGAGUCUUAAGUAUGAUUAAACUAUAGUUAAAUUUAAAAUAAAUACAAUAAUUAUUAUUAUAAUGUCGAAAUCAAGAAAGGUAUGAAAGAAUAUUGUCGAGGCAUGUCUUAAGCCUUAAUACAUUAGGCAGCCUUAUCUUAUUUUAUUGACAAUAUUAUUGUAUCUAUACUGCUUGCUAUAGGUCCCUCACUUCACUUUAUAUACGCAUAAUGAUACAUAUUGAAAGGGGAAAAAAUUCAAUUUGUAUGUUUAGUACCUGCUUUAUUUGAAUACCUCGUGCACGCCACUCUCUCUUACGCUUAAAUGUAUUUGUCAAUAAAGUGGGUACAGUUACUUAAAUUGUAAGGUAAUUCUGUAAUAUGUAAUGAGCCCCGCCCCGUUGGUCUAUUAUCGUAUCCACUCAUUGGUCAUAUUAUAAACUAGCUGACGCCGCGCGGUUUCACCCGCGUGGUUCCCGUUCCCGUAGGAAUACAGGGAUACUAUAUAGCCUAUAGCCUUCCUCGAUAAAUGGGCUAUCUAACACAAAAGAAUUUUUCAAAUCGGACCAGUAGUUCCAGAUAUUAGCGCGUUCAAUCAAACAAACAAACAAAUAAACAAACAAACAAACUCUUCAGCUUUAUUAUAUUAGUAUAGAUAAAAGAUAUGGCAAAUAUUCUUUUUUAAAAAAAAAGAAUACUGUUUUUGUUGUUGUUAAUAAAUGUAUUUUAAGCAUUAAAAAAUACAAAAAUGUAUAACAAUUAAAUGAUAGAAACUAUACAUCAAAAAAAUGGAAACAGUGCGCCUGUAGGCUAAUUUACUAACUUUGACGUACGAUUAUGUUAAUUGACUUAUACGAAAUCGAGAUUCUAUAUAACAAAUGUCAACCGAUGCCUACUGACAACUCUUCGUGGAUAUCAUACAGUAGGUAGAUGACAUUUCUCAGUUGAUUUAUUUUAAUAGAUUGUUAAUAAAGACCAAAUCAGCGAAUAGACUAGCUGCGGACUGUUUCGAUUUUUCUUAUGAGAAGAAUUUAAUAUUGCCAGUGUUAGUUUAUUGGUUCGACUAUAGGCAGCCGACUAUACUCUACUUUUUGACAAUAUUACGUGUGUGGGGGACCUAAGGCAACCAUAUGUGUCUUAUGAUGAAAUCUAGUUUUUCGAAUCUGAGUGCCUUGUGAGAGUUUUCAAUGUUUUCGUACUGUGACGAUGUGACGCGUAAACGUAAACGCGAAUCUUCAUGGAAUUGAAACAGCGCCAUCUAGUGGCACUACUGCAUAACUGUUUUAAUUACUUAUAAAUUCGCGUUUACGUUUAGGCGAUCGUCACAGUAUGAAAACAUUAAAAACUCCCAGUAGGCACUCUGAAUAGUAAUGGUUCCGGUAAGCAUAACAUGCUACCAACGAUAUACUCGUAUCUCGUCUAGAGAAAUAGAUAAAUGUCGACCAAUGGCGGCGCAGUUGUCUCUUUCAUCCCAACACAAUGAAGGAGAUAGCUGAAUAUCCGGUUGCGCCGCUUACUAGGUGACAUUUCUCUACACUAAUAUCUCGUUGGGCGUAUGUUGCGUAUACAUUUAUACAGUAAUGGUGUAGGGUUUAAUAAUAUAUUUAUAAUUACAUUUUCAUGGAAUCAAAAUUAUCAUAUUAAUAUUAAUUAUACAUAUUAUUGUUGUUACAUAUUCACUGAUACAAUAUAGAUAAUUUUACAUGAUAUGUAAGUUUCCAAUGUUUUCAUUCAUAGUGAUUGUUUGUGAUAUUUUUUUUAUUGAUAACACAAAAAUAUAUUACAAUUGUUAAAUAUAGUUAUAAAUAAAAUAUAAUGGGUAUGUAUUAGAAAGAUUGGGUUUGGCACGAUGCCAAGAUGGUAAUUUUAUAUAAGUUUGUUUCCUUAAUAAAGUGAAUUUUUAAAAAUAAAUACAUUUUAAUCAUGUUAUUAUGUAAUGUAAUUUGAAAUGAUUACAUGAUUAUUUUGAAUAGAAAAAUCAUAAUGAUACAAGUAAUUUUAAGGAACAACAGAAAAUCGUCCUGAUACUUAUUAUUGUAGAUUUAAUGAACUUUCUAUCUUUUAUCAUAUUGACAUUUAAAUAAUGUAAAUCAAUUAAUAUAAUACAUUUUAUAUUGGUACAUCGUUUUUUAGCACUUUGUUGUUUUUCUAUUUUUUUUUUCAUAUUGACUAUUUCAAUAUGGAAUAUUAUAAUAUUUCAAUAUUUCUUUUUUUUUUCUAUAUUGUAUUGUAUGAUGAUAUUGCAUAACUUAUUGCCGUUUAUAAUAAUUAUGAUGAGAUAAGAGAUGCCAAUAAUUGCAAUUUUUGUCGUACACUGAAUAUCCGACCACGUUCCUCCGCCUCCGAAUGCUCGGGGUCUGAUGAUAUAUAUUAUUUGCUUGUACAUCAUCAUGAAAGAAAAAGAUUUAAUAAUCCGAACAGAGGAAAUAUUAAACAAAAUGGUCGAAUACUGUAUUUUUAUACUAGAGAUAGGGCACCAGCGCAUCAAAGCUGAGGCGGACAAAUGUGUACAAUUGUCUUAAUUUCUUUUAGUUGCUCAUUAAACAACGAACAUUAUAUUUUUAAAAAAUAAUACCUAAAUAUCGUCUACAAUGUCGAGGUGUGUGCUCAGAGGAAUCGCUAAAUUCAGAUCAUUUUUUGUGAUUUUGUAGGCACUUAACCUAUCUGUAGAAUAAAAUUAUCAUUGAACAUUGAUAUGGCAAAAUAUUAUCAAUAUUAGAUUACACGUAGACUAUAAUUUUUAAUUUUUUUUUUUAAAUAUAAUACUUAUUAAAAUGCAAUAUAUUAAUUUUUUUAACCCCAGAUGUGUUAUUAAAUCAUGUAAGUAAUGUUGGGUUACAUUUUCAAUUUAUUCACUAAUCAUGAAAUGUUCUGUGUCUAUAUUUAUUAAAAGUUGAAACAAUUGCUGUGAUAGAUUUAAAAUUCAUGUUGUUUUUAUAUAAAAUCGGUGGGUGCUGGUAUAAUAAAGGAGGUUGAGGAAAAAAUCUUCAUUUUAUUUUGUUC